CUUCAGAACGUUCUAGGUACAACUUCUAACGAGUCAGGAAAGUCCUCUAUUAAGGAUUUACUUGCUAGUAUAUGCCUGCGGAAUUGGAAGAUUUAGUGCAAAUUAUCUACCUGUAAAUUUUAGAAAUAAUUACUAAAAACAAAACAAAUUUUGACAGACAGGUUUUAAUUUAGAUAUUAUUGGUGAGUCCCAAGUUGUUUAAUUUGUUUUCGUCGCUUUACUUUUCUUACACUUCCUUUGUCAAAUACUUGUGUGACUUCUGAUGGGCCUACUUCCGCGAUCUUUAUAAACUGAGAAAACAACUUUCACAGCCAGGAAAAAGAAAAACGCGUUGGAAAAGUUUUGUAUGGCAUCGGCUCCUUUCGAAGCACCGAAUAUUGUUGGAAAGGGCUUGAAGAUAAAUACUGACCUUCAUUGACACUAACAUCAACUCUCGCCAUAACUCUGUUCAACUUCGACAGACAUCUUUGAAAUAUGACAACUUUAAACAACAUGACAGAAGAUUUAGGGAGCCAAGGCACAACUCCAGAGUCUCCAUUCUGCAUGUCAGAUCCAAAGUGGCAAAACCUGAAGAUUUUUCUUAUAGCACUUAAUAUCCCUCUCUCCAUCACGGCGUUUUUGGGCAAUAUCCUGGUUAUUACUGUUCUUUGGAAAGUCCGCAGUGCGAUGUCUAUCCAUCUCCCCUCAAAGCUUCUGUACGGUUGCCUUGUGUUUACUGAUUUGUGCACGGGUCUUAUUACACAGCCUCUGUUAGUUUCCUUCGUACUCUCGCCUAAACAUUCCAAACGUUGUCUCCACCUACGAAUCCCUUAUUUUCUCAUGAGUUCAACUUUAUCAGGAAUCUCGGUGCUAACACUGACUGCCAUCAGUGUAGACAGAUAUUUGGCUUUGUUACUUGGGCUGAGAUAUAGACACAUGGUCACCCCAACAAGAAUACGGACUGUUCUAACUGUCUUUACGCUCUAUAGCGUUAGUGGUUCAAUGUCGUGGCUAUACAACCCUCGCGUUGCCACAGCCAUGAUCGCGGUAACAUUACUGUUGUGCCUUUUGACAGCAAGUUUCUGUUACUUGAGAAUUUAUCUAACACUACGCGACCACCAAAUUCAACUUCAAAAGCGUGUCUUCCAGCCACGUGUACAAGAAUUCCACAUGAAUAUAUCUCGGUACAGAAGAACAGUGACUAGCGCGGUAUGGGUACAGUUCGCAUUACUUUUGUGCUAUCUUCCAUUUUCUACAGUCAUAGCGCUACGUGCUGUCACUGAUGGUAGUAACAGCUCUCAUACAUCGGCGAUUAAUCUGGCAUGGUACACCACAGGAGUUCUGUUUUUGUCCAACUCAUCUAUAAACCCGCUUCUUUACUGCUGGAGGAUUAAAGAAGUGAGACAGGGAGUCAAGAACAUAAUCAGUCAACUUUGUUGUUUCUGAGAUUAAAGGAGAUAGUUUCCUCAGUUCUAGGCAACUGCAGAACUACUGACUCUCAUUACGAAGUAGUGGUUCAAAUCUCAGUGGGCCGAAAGGAAACGAAGCCAAAAAAAGAAAGUAUUGGUGUCACAUUUUUUAAGAUAACUUAAUUUUCAGAACCAGUUUUUUUCAAUCUUAAUCAUGCAUCGAACUCCUCUCGUAUAAAGUCGUUUUCGUAGUCAUGAAUAAUUCUCAUUUAGUGAACAAGUGGAACUCCUUUUUCAGCACAUAAGGCGCAGUAGCAAUAAAAUAGGGAAGGAUAGCCGAGUAUUUAGUCUCCAACUUCGCUGUUAUCGAAGGGGAACUGAAAGUGUUGUGUAACUUUCUAUCAAUCCAUCCCUUGUAACGACGUGAUCUGAAGCUGAAAAAAGGAAAACUUUUUAUCUUAGAAUAACCUAAUAUAUUUAAUAUACGUUGCAGUCCUGUAAGAGUGACCAAGCUUGAUUUACGCUCGUAAAAGGUUGUUUGUUUUCACCGGCUUCAGUGCGAAAAAAUGUAAACACAUCGCCCCAUUUUUAUGACAACUCAUCGUCCAGAACCAUUUUUUUCAAAACGUUAACAUCACUUCUAAGUAUGGCUCAAACUCCUCUGGUAUAAUGUAUCCUUCGUAGUCAUGAAUGAGGCUCAUUUACGUGAUGAAAAUAUAUCGACCUUGCUUGUGUCAAUGAAGACCAGCUAAGCUUGGUAUAGCAAUAUGGGGAAGUCAACACAGGAAAGCCGCAGAAACAUACGAUAAGUUGUCUCUGUCAAGCGUUCACUUUAUUAAGUCUCUGUAGGACUUUCCUCAAAGCUCCUAUCUCUGAAUUAAUUACAGGUAAAGUUACAGAAUCUCACAACACUGAAAUUAUUAAACUUGUUCUUAAAAAGCAUUUUCAGUUGGCCUCAAUUUCCUUAUUCUUGGUUUCUCUAAGUCUGGUAGCUAUAACUGCCACAUCGAAAUUGAUAUCACCUUCUAAUGUUCUAAGCGGGGUCA